AAUAGAUCGUCCGGUCUUGCGGUUCGAACCACCGGUUGACACAGCGGUCGACUGAGUGAGCAAAGCAAACCACCCAUGUCAACCCACCAGGCUACCGUCAUAACGAUGAGUGCUCUAGCAGCACCCUUCUAUGGGUUCGGAGCUAUAGGAGCAUCGAAUUUGGCCUUGGUUCUCCCAGCCCUGAUGGCAUCAAUAGCCUAUUUUCAGUAUGAACAAAUGGACCCAGAAAGUAGACCCAUCGAUGUCCUCACUGACGAACUGCUAGAUCGAUACGAUUUUAUAGUAGUGGGAGCGGGAUCAGCAGAUUCGCUUGCGAAAAAAUCUCCACAUUGCAAUGGGAGCACAUGUUACACGAGUUCUGAUAGAUCCCAAAUCCAAAAUAGCCUACGGCAUUGAGUUUAUGAGGGACAACAAAUUAAUCAGAAUUCGCGCGAACAAAGAAGUCAUCCUUUCGGCAGGUUCGGUCAACUCCCCGCAACUGCUGAUGCUUUCGGGUGUUGGUCCCAAAGAAGAAUUGAAUAAACACAAGAUACCAGUCAUCCAGGAUCUGAAAGUGGGCCACAAUUUACAAGAUCACAUAGGCCUAGGUGGUUUGACCUUUUUGAUAAAUAGGCAAGAUUCCAUAACAUUGGACAGAGUAUAUUCAGUAGGUCCUUUAAUGCAGUAUGCUGUCUUCGGUGGGGGUCCGCUGACGAUCAUGGGUGGCGUGGAAGGUUUAGGCUUCGUCAACACCAAAUACGCCAACGCCUCCGAUGAUUUCCCAGACAUCGAAUUCCAUUUCGUUUCCGGAUCUACGCAUUCGGACGCAGGGGCGCAAAUUAAAAAAGCGCAUGGUUUGACCGACGCCUUCUAUGAUAGAGUUUUCAAGCCCGUCCACGGAAUGGACGCCUGGAGUGUUAUUCCUAUGUUGCUAAGACCAAGGAGCAGAGGUUUCAUCAAAUUACGCAGCAAAAAGCCUUUCGACCCGCCCCUCAUUUAUCCCAACUAUUUCAUGGACGACAUCGAUAUGAAAACAUUGAUCGAAGGUGUGAAAAUUGGAGUGGCACUGAGUAAAACCCCAGCAUUCCGAUCUUAUGGUAGCAGGCUUCUCGAAUUCCCAGAUUGUGCCCAUAUUCAAAAAUACACUGAUCCUUACUGGGAAUGUAUGAUCAGACUAUAUUCUGUAACCAUUUAUCAUCCUAUAGGAACUUGCAAAAUGGGCCCCUACUGGGAUCAAGACGCCGUGGUAGAUCCUCAACUGAGGGUUUAUGGAAUUAAAGGACUGAGAGUUAUAGACGCCUCGAUUAUGCCACAAAUGGUCAGCGGGAACACAAAUGCCCCUGCUAUAAUGAUAGGCGAAAAAGGAUCUGACAUGGUGAAGGAGUUUUGGAUGAAAGCUGCUAAAUUCGGUCGAAUACUUCACGGGGCCUAAAAAUAUGAGUAGGUCAUACUAAUGUAUUUAUGAAUUGUGCCAUGAUUGGCGCCCCAUAUGAAAAAUUUGAAAUUAAUAUGGACUGAAAUAUUUCAGUGAAAAUUUUAAAACAAAAUUUAAUGUGAACAAUGGAUCGAUAGUGUUGGAAUAUGUUACGAAUGGAUAACAUAUAAAAGUGAUGAAUUAAUUGUAUAGCUCUAUUUAAGCAUGGAAAAUAAUGACACAUUCAAUAAUCUCGAUUAUAUAUUUAUGUCAAAGUCACUCCUUUGACUGAAAGUUUCUAUAAAAUAGUAACACACUUUAUAUGUCAAAACAUUUUUUUGAUGAAUGAUACAUUUAUGUGAUCCGAUAUAAGAUUAUUAUUAACAUAUUUGAAUGACUGCUGUAAAUUUCAGAUGUAUGUAAAUGAGAAUGAGAGGGUUUUUGCGAUAAAAAAAUACACUUUCCCUCUCGACGGUGUGAAUGAAUAUUUCAUAAAUCAAUUUUCACAUUACCAUUCUUAUUUAUUCCAAAGAUACUGUAUUUUAAUUAAAUGUAAUAUAAUUUUUUCAAAG